CUAUGCUUUCUCACGUAUGUGGAGCCUCGUUGCGUGUCCAGGGCUGUUGCGCCCGGGGUUCAUUGCAAAUAGUACUUUUCACGUCACCAGCGCUUUGCAAUCCUCGCGCGCAACGACAUGAAACACUAUACUAGCUAGCAAUUUGAGAGUAUUAACGCACUUAGUCAUACGUCGUGGGCCACGCUCGUCCAGCCUUGUCUCACGUACACCUGGGCUCAUAGCAGCGGCGGUAACGUCAUGGUGCGGUUCUGAACGCACGCCUUACAAGGCGCGCGGGCCUUAUCCAUCCGCUAGUCGGUAGCGCCGCAGCCCCCCAUGCAGCAUCAGCCGCAGCAGCCCCACCACGUGGCUCGGCCCAGGGUGGUUGCCCACAUCGACCUGGACGCCUUCUACUGCCAGGUGGAGGUGGGCCGCAACCCCGCCCUCCGCGGGCAGCCCGUUGCGGUGAUCCAGUACAACCCCUGGGACAAGGAGGCGCUCAAGACGGCGCUGAGACCCGAGGACCCGCGCAUCUUCAACGACAGCAACGGCAGCCUCAUCGCGGUGUCGUACGAGGCUAGGCGCUUCGGAGUCAAGCGGAACAUGAGCGGGCAGCAGGCGCGGCAGCUGUGCCCCUCCCUGCAGCUGGUGCAGGUCCCCACGGCGCACGGCAAGGCCGACCUGGGCAUCUACCGCCAGGCGGGGCAGCAGGUGGCGUCCAUCCUGGCCCGUGGGUCAGUGGUGUUCGAGCGCGCCUCCAUCGACGAGGCCUACCUGGACCUCACGGAGGCGGCAAACAG